AUGGCACCCGCAAGGACGACCGAGGUUGAUUUCACUCAAUUCUACAACAUCGUCAACGGUGAGAAGCGAAGCAGCAAGGAAUUCCUCCACGGGUUCAACCCAUCGACUCAGCAGGAUCUAUGGGAUGUCCCGAUUGCGAGCGCUAAAGACAUUGAGGACACGAUCCAGGCCGCGAAGACUGCCUUCAAAUCAUGGAGCAAAACGACCCUCCAGGAGAGAUCGGUCCUGUUGAAAAAAUAUGCGGCGGCCAUCAAGCCAUAUCUUGGGGACCUUGGAGAUUUGGUCAUGAAGGAAAUCGGCAAGCCGAAAGGCUUUGCUCACCAUGAAGCUCAUUAUGCCUGUGCCGAGGCUUUUGAAUUUUUCACAAACUUGACGCUUGAAGAUGAGGUAGUCCAAGGCGAAGACCGAGAGUAUGUCCUGAGAUACCAGCCCUUGGGCGUGGUGGCUGCCAUAUGCCCUUGGAACUAUCCUCUUGGACAGGCAACCAUGAAGUUCCUCCCUGGUCUGAUGGCCGGAAACACCGUCAUCGUAAAGCCGUCGCCAUUCUCGCCUUAUUCAGCCUUAAAGCUAGUAGAGAUAGCUCAGGGAAUCCUCCCUCCGGGUGUUCUUUCAGUGCUCAACGGGAACGAUAACCUUGGCCCGCUCCUGACCACUCACCCUUCCAUUGCGAAGAUAUCAUUCGCUGGAUCAGUUGCAACUGGCAAGAAAAUCGCAGAAGCGGCGGCGAAGACUCUGAAGAGAGUCACUCUUGAACUUGGAGGAAAUGACGCCACGAUCGUUUGCAAAGACGUCGAUAUCGAGAAAGCUGCUCCUCAGGUUAUCUUGGGCGCUUUCUUCAACACAGGACAAGUCUGCGCGGGAACAAAGCGAAUCUAUAUCCACGAAGACAUCUAUCCCCAGUUCCUUGAAGCCAUAGCGAAGGCUGCGCGGAGUUUCAAAGUCGGGGCCAGCGAUGCGGAGGGUGUGACCAUUGGCCCCGUCCAGAACGAAAUGCAAUAUAACAAGGUCAAGAGCAUUUUUGAAGACUCCAAGACGCAGGGACAUAAGACUAUUGGCAAUGGGGCAGUCAUCGAUAAGAAGGGGUUUUUCUUUGAGCCCACCAUCGUGGAUCAGCCUCCAGCCAACUCUAGAAUCGUAACGGAGGAGCAGUUUGGACCGAUUGUGCCAAGUAUGCCCUGGUCGACGGAAGAGGAGGUGAUUGAGCUCGCGAACGACUCGGAAAUGGGCUUGGGCGCCAGCGUCUGGUCCAACGACUUGGAUCAGGCUACACGAAUCGCGAAGCAGCUGGAUGUUGGGAGUGUUCACAUUAACAGUAUGGAGAAGGUAUCCAUCAAGAUCCCCUUCGGUGGCCACAAGGAAAGUGGUAUCGGUGUUGAAGGUGGACCAGGAGCCAUCAAGACGUACUGCGAUCUUCAGGUUCUGCAUUACUACAAGGCUGGCGAUGCGCAAGUACACUAGACGCUCAUACAUACAGCACAUAAUACAUG